AUGAUACUAUAACAGUUGCAGAACUGGAUCCAUAACCCAGGUGCUUUGGAAAAUAGCUUGAUUCCCUCUUCUUUAUGGCAUCCCCUGAGAUAUAGGAAUACUGGAAUAAUACUAAUGCCUAACUUAUAAGACAAAAAAUCAUGAAACAGAUGGAUGCUGACCCCACGCACAAAGCAGCCAUGGAAACAAACACCAAACCGUCAGAGGAGAAUGAACUACCAAUAAAGGAAAAAACAAAUCGCUGUCAAGGAAUCAAGGUUUUCCUUGCUGCCCUGGCAUUUGCAUACUUUAGUAAAACGUUUGCUGGGGCCACGAUGAAAAGUUCCUUGACACAACUGGAAAGGAGAUUCGGCAUUGCUUCCUCUACAACUGGCUUCAUCGAUGGAGCCUUUGAAAUGGGAAAUUUGUUGGUGAUUGCAUUUGUGAGUUACUUUGGGGCAAAAUUUCAUCGGCCCAAGAUCAUCGCCUUUGGUUGUUUUAUCAUGUCUUUGGGGAGCUUUUUAACGGCAUUGCCUCAUUUCUUCAUGGGAUAUUACCAAUAUGACACAAUAUCCUUCACAUCAGACAACAACACCAGUUUCUUCCCCUGCUCAUUCAAUCCCCAGGAUACCCCCAUGGUAAAAGGGAUGCCAAGUCCAGACUGUGACCAUAAAAUGGUUACCUCUUACGCAUGGAUUUUUGUCUUGCUGGGGAAUAUGCUACGUGGAAUUGGCGAAACACCCAUUAAUCCUCUGGGCAUAUCAUACCUCGAUGAGUUCUCUAGAGAAGAAGAUGUUCCUCUUUAUAUCAGCUUUUUGCACACCUCAGCCAUGAUUGGCCCACUGUCUGGUUUUCUCCUGGGGUCUCUGUUUGCCAGACUCUAUGUGGAUAUUGGUUUUGUGGACACAGAUACAAUAACUAUCACUCCAACUGAUUCGCGUUGGGUUGGUGCAUGGUGGAUGAACUUUUUAGUUGCUGGGGUCAUCGCUCUGAUUUCUGGAAUCCCUUUCUUGUUCCUGCCUAAAAGUCUGGACAAAAAGGAAGAAGCCUGUAUCCAGAAAAACCUGGAUCCCACGGAAAGCAACAUUGAAAACAGCCAUGGACAAAAGCCUGAUAUUCAAGGUGGAAUGGCGUACUCUGGACAAUUAAAAGAGUUCUUCAAGUCCCUAAAGAGACUCUUAGGGAACAAAAUGUAUAUUAUACUACUGUGCUCCUCACUGCUGAAUGUUAGCAGUUUAAUUGGAUAUAUCACCUACCAGGCGAAAUAUAUGGAACAGCAAUAUGGACUGUCAGUGUCGAGAUCUAAUUUUAUAACAGCUGUUGCCAUUUUGCCAGUGGUCAUCAUCGGGAUUUUUGCGGGUGGGUUCAUCAUGAAAAAGUUCAAGCUAGGAAUCCUUGCUGCUGCAAAACUGGCAUACGCAGUGUCAUUCAUCGGAUUUGCCUUGUCAUUCGUGUAUUUCAUGCUUGGCUGUGAGAACCACCUAGUGGCUGGGUUGUCAGCGACCUAUGACGGGGACACAACUGCUCAGAACCAACUUUCCUUAUUUUCAGCCUGCAAUUCCAACUGUACCUGUGCUACAAGCCAGUGGGAUCCUGUCUGUGGAGAUAACGGACUCACAUAUGUGUCGGCCUGUUUUGCUGGGUGCAAAAACAUGACGAGAUGGAAGAAAGAAACAGUUUUUCACAACUGUAGCUGUAUUGCGAAAGCAGAUACUAAGUGGAGGAAUUCUUCAGCAGUGUUGGGUGAAUGCCGAAGAAGUGAUGAGUGCUCAAAAAAUUUUAUUUUUUACACCAUUACCAAAGCUGUGAGCGCCUUUCUGUACUCAUUGGGUGGCGUUCCUCUGUUCAUGCUCCUUAUCAGAUCUGUGCCUCAAGACCUAAAGGCAGUUGCGGUCGGUGUUCUGAUGCUUGUGGUAAGAUCAUUGGCUGGAAUUCCAGCCCCAGUUUACUUUGGUGCAAUGAUUGACAAGACUUGCUUGAAGUGGGGCACUAACCCCUGUGGCCAGAAAGGAUCUUGUAGGAUAUAUGAUGCAGUACAAUAUAGGUAUUCUUUCUAUGGUCUAAUAACUGCCUUGAGAGCGCCAUCUUUUCUGCUGGGUUUCAUCUUUUUCCAGCUUCUGAAGAAAAAUAUUAGAGAACAAGAGGCCAAGAAAGCUGAAAAUGAAUGUCAAGAAGGCUUGUCUCUGAAUGAAGAGAUAAAACUAAAGGAUACCGGAGUUUCAGCAUGUCGUUCAGAUGCAGACAUGAAUACCUGCCUCUAGCAAAACAAACGGAGUGAUAGACCAAGAACUGUAGGAAGCUACCAAACUGUUCCUUGUAACUCUGAGAACCAUUGUUGGCCGUAGCUGCUGAAAAAUGGUAGCAUUGCUUCUGGUCAUUUUUGAGAGAGAAAGUUGCCCCCUAUUCCUUCAAUAUCCCAAGAAAAAAAGAAGUAUGUGUUUCUCCCGCCCUUUUGCAAAGCAGAACUUUGAAAAGUAAAGGCCUUGUGUGUGUGGCCUUAUAAAAAAAAAUGACACUUGAUUAUUGGUUGCACUGAAGUAAAACAAAACGUUGAAUUCUGGAACUGAUACAAAAGGGUAAUUUAAUCCCCACAUUAAAAUCUUGCAAGAUUCUUAGAUACCUGUGAUAUUUGCCUCAGUUAUGUGGUUCCUCUCUAAAAAUAAAAUAAAAUAAAAUAAUAAUAAUAAUAA